AUGCCCGGGUUGACGGAAUCCUUCGUUGGCUCUAUUGACCAAGGAACAACAAGUACACGGUUUUUGAUCUUCAACAAAGACGGUGAGCCUGUUGCUUCACAUCAAGUGGAAUUUGAACAGAUAUACCCCAAUCCAGGGUGGCAUGAACAUAACCCAUUCGAACUCGUGUCGUCGAUUGAAACGUGUAUCGAUGAGGCAGUCAAGAAAUUCGAAGAGCUUGGCUACGUUCGGGACAGCAUCAAGGCAAUUGGAAUCACUAAUCAAAGAGAAACCACGGUAUUGUGGGACUCUGAGACUGGGGAGCCCUUGCAUAAUGCAAUCGUGUGGACAGAUACCCGAUCACAGUCGAUUGUGACAGAACUGAAAUCAAGAAAUGGCGCUGGUAGUCUGCAACAAAUAUGUGGUCUGCCUCUAUCGACAUAUCCAUCCUCGACGAAGUUGUUGUGGAUGAUUCAACAUGUCCCUAAGGUUAAAUCUGCAUAUGAAAAAGGCCGACUCGCCUUCGGUACCGUUGACUCAUGGCUAGUAUACCAGUUGAACGGUGGGCCAGCGGCGAAGGUAUUUGUUUCGGACCCAACAAACGCAUCGAGAACAAUGUUUAUGAAUCUGGAAACUCUCGAAUACGACGAUCGCCUGCUCGACUUUUUUGGGGUCAAAGGCAAAGUUCAUCUUCCUAGAAUUGUUCCUUCAUCAGACAGAAAGGCAUAUGGUAGUUUUUCUUCCGGUAUUCUCCAAGGAGUACCGAUCAUGGGCUGUCUUGGUGACCAAUCGUCAGCCUUGGUUGGGCAAAAGGGAUUCUAUCCGGGUUUGGCCAAGAACACUUACGGGACAGGCUGCUUUCUUCUGUACAACGUGGGAGAGAAACCAGUGAUAUCCAAACAUGGCCUGCUAGCAACUGUAGCCUUUCAAUUUGACGGUAAACCCGUCUAUGCGUUGGAGGGUAGCAUUGCUGUUGGUGGAUCAGGUAUCAGGUUUCUAGAGAACAACCUCAACUUUUUCAAAAAGUCCAAGGAAGUCGACGAGCUGGCAGCAACUGUGGAGGACAACGGUGGCUGCGUAUUUGUAACUGCAUUUAGUGGCCUUUUUGCACCAUAUUGGAUAGAUGAUGCCAAGGGGACAAUUUUUGGAAUCACGCAAUACACGCAAAAGGGCCAUAUAGCCAGAGCCACAUUAGAAGCAACAUGUUAUCAGACAAAAGCCAUAUUAGCCGCCAUGGAAAAGGACAGCGGGCAUGCGCUUUCAGAACUUGCUGUUGAUGGCGGCAUGAGUAAUUCGGAUCUAGCGAUGCAAACCCAAGCCGAUCUGGUGUCAAUCCCAGUAUAUCGCCCGAAGAUGCGGGAGACCACUGCUCUUGGAGCUGCUAUUGCAGCAGGGUUAGCCUGUGGUCUUUGGCAUAACUUCACGGAACUGCGAGAUAUCAACCGAGCCGGCGGUGCGGUCUUUGAACCAAGCAUACCCCCUGAGAAAAGUUUUGAAAUGUUUUCACUCUGGGAGAGAGCCGUGCACAUGUCGAAAGGGUGGGUAAAAAAGGAGAGUAGCAAGGUAAAUGGAGCCAAGAACUCCGGCAAAUCAUCAGUAGUCGUUAAGGUCAAACCGGUAGAAUCUGUCUUUGGCAAAUAUUCCAUUUUCAGUGACCUUGACGAGGCGGAUGAAGAAGACUUGCUGCUUGAACUGCGAAAGCUCGAGAUCCAUCAGCGUUUGAAGCGUCUGAGGAGAGCAACCAGUGCAUAG